AGAGGCUCUAGCUCGAAGGAGUUGAAGCCUUUCGUUGAGGGCAAAGUCAUCCGGAUGCUUAGCCCUUUUUGCGAGAAAGCUUGCACAUCUUUCUGUAAGUUUGGGAGCCACUCAAAGCAUCGGGAAGAAGGCAGCCGCUUCAAGAAGCACGUUGUCUGCUAAGCACUUUACGGUGAGAGGAAUGGAAGAGGACGAUGACGAUCAAGCAAACCUUGGGCACGCCAGUUUAUGUGCACCACCGAUUGCCCCUGUAGACCGAGUCUGGCCAUCUCUGGGCGUCGACGAUCCGUGCAGUGCGGUGCGAUGGGGGCACACUGCCGGCGUCCACUGGCAAAAUGAAGGCUCGGCAAGAGCAUUUCAUGCACUCAAGGAAGACCCGCAGCGUGGCGGCGCUCCAUUCGUUCCUGCCGCCAACUCCCGUGUCCUGCUCAAGCUACCAAAUGGAGCCCCCCCUCCCUCUGAGGACUCCUUGUCUGACCGAACUGGAAACGAGCUGGCCGGCUGGGUAGAUGGGACUUCUCUUGUGACCAUCUUCCCCGUAGGUGAAGCCCAAGACGAAAUUGCAGCAAUCGCACACGAACUGGAGGAGCCGCCUCCAAGGGACAUCGAGCCAGCGCAGGACGGCCCAACCGCACCAGCAAAGGGCACUGUCACCCUCAAGCGUUUUCUCCGUAGCCCCUCGCACUGGGUCGAGCUGCGCGACUCUGCCCGUUACAAGGCCCUCGCUGCCGAAGCCAAGGCGGCUGGCUACUCCGCAUGCCGUGCGACCCUGCUGCAACACUGUCUGCCUAGCCUCACCGUGGAGGAGCUCCAGCGCACUUUCCCGCACACCAACACCAAAGUGUAUGUGCUGUCUGUCAUCAAGCUGCUAGCGAGGAUCUUUCGGGUGCGCAUCGGGAGGCAGGUGGUACGAGUUCGCCUGGUAGAGUCGAUAUGCGCCGCGGCGAGGGGCUCAUCUCGUGCGAGGGGCCCGGCGCCGGGACUCCCGAUUCAGCAGAUAGUGGCGAGCCCGGCGAAAGCCUGGGACGAGCGGACGUUGAUUUCUGCCCGUGCGGCUAACGCUGCUGCGUUCUACAGUGUGCGGUGGGACCGUCUGGGGGUUCUACAAGUGUUCCCAAUAGCAACGAUUCAGUGCGGAGACCCCGUGGCGGAUGUGGUGUGGGAUCUGCAUUCUGGAAGGGAGGCGGCCGUCGUCUCAGAGAGGGGGGCGAUGCAGCUUAUAUCCUUCUCGCAACCGGAAGAGGAAGGCGCCUUGGGCGAAGCCGAGGGUGUAUCAUCGAAAGGGGCCGCUGAUGGAGAGACCAGUCCUGGCCAUGAUCGGAGGGGGCAGAGCUUUGCGGAGGAGGCGGGGAAAGCGGGGACAUCGGAUCCCGUGGGGUCACGUAGAAAUGAAAGAAUUGCGGAGGAGGCAGCUGCCAAGGGCUCAAGUGUGGGGCGCCCCCUAAACGAGGCCCUGCAAUAUCAGAAGGCCCAGGCAGUCGGAGCGAAGCAGCAGGUGGUCCGGAGAAACGCAAGAAGGAGCGACGAGACAUGGUGGCGAUGCGUGUACGGGCACAACUCAAAUUCCCUGGUCGUGGCGAACCGGACGUCCGUUACGAUCCUGAAUCUGGCUCGGAGGGAAGAAGUUGAAGUUGAGUCCGAACGGUGCUUGCUGGAGAUGACCGGAGAACCACGGGCGGGGGCAGUUGCAUGGGAGCCAGGGGGAUUGGUACAGCAGACAGCGGAGGCAGUGUGUGCGCUCGCGCGUUCUGAGAAUACCGACGGGGCUGGGCGGUUUUUGGUGGCGGUGGCCACGACGUACCGCGUGCUCUUGUGGGACACGAGGAAGGGCAGCGCGCCUCUGCUACAGUGGGACCACUGCCUGAGCCACGCAGCCCCCACCGGUCUCCUCUUCCCCUCCUUCCCUCUUGGACCGUCCCCCAACUCCCGCUCCAUCCUGGCGUUCAACAGCUCGGGCGACGUCAUAGGCUUUGCUUACGCCCCCGACACUUCGGGGGGCACUCCAGCAGCCCAAGCAAGCACCCCCCGGUCGCGGGUUCCCCUGCUUCACGCCCUCGGGGGGCCGUUCCGCGUGCUCGCCCCGUUCGUCGACCGGGAUCAGGCGGUUGUCGCGGAACCUGCGGGGCCGGGGUCGGGGCGAAGCUUAGAGAAGAAGGAGAAAGAGGAGACGGUGCCGGUAGGCCCGAUCAUAAGCGGGCUGCUGGCGCUGCCGGCGGACGGGAGUCUGCGGUUGGUGCAGCUAACCGGGCGGGGCCAGCUAGUGGAACGAUCGUACGUCAGCAGAACGGGAGGGGAGGAAGUGGGCGGCGAAGAGCGAACCGGGCAGGCGGGGGGCUCGAACCUGAGGUCACUCCCGCAAGGUCGUGACAGCAGUCCGGAGACGUCCCUUUCACUGGCCGCCAAAGCGAAGGCGCCCAGUGUUGACACCAAGGGAUACCUCCUGCAACCCGUCCCCGUUCUUCGGUCGUACGUGUCCCUCGGGGAUUGGCCCCAAUCGCUUCCCCUCUACAGCGCUCCAACACUGGAGCGCAGGAAUAUGACGUACGCUGAACGGGCUCAUCCGCGGAGCUAUCUUUAUGCGGGGGCGGUCCUUGCGAAGCAUAAACAGGCGCGCGUCAAUCUCAUUGCUGAGAAGGUGGCAGAAGCGAGGAGUCAAAUGGUAGGAGAGGGCGGGCUUGGGAGUGGGGCAAAUGAGGGGGAAGGCAGCGUUACGCAGGCGGGGGCAAAGCAUCAGCUUCCGGGGGAUCCCCUGACUUCAAAAGCUGGGGCCGUUACGGCAUUGAACGCAGGCGAGGGGGAAAAACGAGUAGGGGAGCACGGGCAGGUAGGGGGGCAAAACGGUGGCAGUCGGGACGACGCGCGAGGGCUGACUAGCGAGAAGCACUUUGCGUCGAGGAUCUCCCGAGUGGCCGCACGGUCUCCGUACCCCCUGACCGCCGCCGAAGCGGCAAACGUGCACGCGACGAGGCGCCUCCCCUCGUCUCUGGCCGGGAAAGUUUUGGGCCGGAGCCACGCCGGUACCGCGAAAGUGUGGCGCAGACUCCCGGGAGCCAAGCACCGACCGGAGGCGGACAAAUUGCCGCUGGUGUUAUUGGCCCGGGAGGGUGAAGAAGCGACUCAGACGUCGAGCGGAAGGGGCGCGGAUCAGCGGAACGAGAGCGGGGCGGAUUUGCCCCGGGUCAGGGACGCGGUGGUACAGCUGGCGCAGGAAAGCGGGGGCGCGGACGUGGCGUCCGUAGAAGUGUCCGCUCGGCGGUUCCAACUAUCGGACUCGUUCCAUCUGCACAGCCUGGCCUCUGUUGGGGGGGGGCAGAGGACAGGCGGCGAGGAGGGGGGGGGCGCAGGGGGGUUGCAGCCAGGGGAGGAACGAGCAGGCGUAGUAAAUGGGGAGGAUUUGGUGCAGGUUUUACCGGAGAGCCCUCUCACGGCGGCCGCUCACAGGACGGUGGUGACGGCUCCUGCCGAGGCGAAGAGCGGGGAGCUGUCCCGGUUCAGAAUCGUGAGACACCAAGGUUCUGUGCUGGGCCAAGAGGCUGCCCUCUCUCGCCUGGCAGACCUGCGAGCUGCGUGGCGCCAGUGGCAGGAGCAGAAAGUACCGGGCAGCCUCCCGGGCAAUACGUCCUUGCUAGAAAGUGCCCGGGAAAGUCAACCGACCCCUUCCUCGCAGCAGACGCCGUCUCGCCUCCUGGCGAGUCCUGCCCGAGUGCCAACCGGCAGUCCACUUGGAGACACAGCGCGCAUGUCAAAAGCUGCGGUUGCAAAGCCUCCGAAGAGUGCCAAGCUGGUGCCUUCUGCAGGCCUGGAGAGGCUCGACAUUGAAGAGAGCGUGCCGAGUCAACCGGUAGCUAAUGUCGGGGGUAAGCCUCCCCGUAAGCGGAGUUUGCCCGAAGCGAAGAAAGUCAAGAAAAAGCUGAAGAAAAGCCAUCAGUUCACAGAGGGCUUCUAGAGGAUAGAAAGUCGAUCGUGCGAGCAGGGAGCAGGAAAGGCUUUGUAGAUAAUAAUUCAUUCACCCCUCAGUGGUCGAGGCUGCAUCAAAAUUGAGAGCAUAGGUAUUCUAGAGAGCAAAGGAGAUAUGCUCACUGACCGGAUUCACAUCGAAGGACUGUGCACAGAUAACAUGCUAUUACGUGACGGUUAUAAUCCAAAUGUGGGCGAGCAGCUUCAAGUGAUCGUGCGCGAGGCGCCGCAAAAACGAUCUAAGCGACCUCUGGAAUGGUCUGUCCG